AUGUGCUCAGAGCUGGAGUGCAAGAUAUGCUACUGCUCCUACAACCUGGGGAGCCGCCGGCCCAAGGUUCUGGAAUGCCAGCACCGCCUGUGCGCCAAGUGCCUAGCCAAGAUCCAGGACCUGGCGGAGUCGCCUCCCAGCACCGUGGUCUGUCCCUUCUGCCGCUAUGUGACCAGGCUGCUCGGAGACGCCGCCUGCUGCCUCCCGGACGACUACGACCUGCUGGCCGCGCUGGCCCUGGGGAGCCGCAACCUCACCUUCUGUCGGGACGAACUCCUGCUGGAUCCCCGUCGUUUGAGCUCCUGGAUGGGAAGCGAAACCACCUCCGCUGCCGCUUACUCCUCCAUCCGAGGCUCUCCUAACUUUGUGGUCAUCACCAUCAUGGAGCCUCCGCCGGCUCCCUCCCCGGAACGAGCGGUCGUCCGGCAGGACUCGGCGGCGUCUGUCGCGCAGAGGCGGUCCUUGCGGAACUGCGCCGUCUCUCUGUGCCGGACGUCGGCACGGGCCCUGGUAUGGGUGCUUGGGCUGCUCUACUUCAGCUCCCUGCCAGUUGGGGUCUACCUGCUCAUCAUGCAGCAGACCGCCGCGGGGGUCCUCCUGGUGAGCCUGGUCCCCGCCAGUCUGGUCACAGUGAUGGUCUACGGCUUCUGCCAAUGCGUGUGCACCGAGGUCUGGAAUUGCUUGCCACCGUAG